AUGCAAUUCAAGUCGCUCGCUACCCUCCUUUUCGCCGCUCUGGCAGUGGCCAAUCCUGCCCCAGCCCCUCAGGCUGGCGAUGACCUGAACGCUCUGAUGGACUCCAUUCCCAGCUCCGUCCUCGGCGUCCUCAUGACGGCUAUUCCUCCCUCUGUCGUUGCGGCCCUUACCGACCCUACCCAGGCCGCCGGCAUCGUUCAGCAGAUUGAGCAAGGGCAGAUACCCGACUGGUACAACAACCUGCCCGACAGCGUCAAAGCCUGGGCUUCUAACGCUGUCAUGGCUGAGCUCGACGGUGUUGCUCCCACCGAUACCGCCAGCGGUAGCCCUGCUGCUACCCCCACCGGUUCUACUACCACUCCCGCCCUCACUUCUUCUCCUUCCGUGACUUCUUCCGGCAACACCAAGACCACGUCCUCGGGCUCUGCUGGUGCUGCCUCAACCACGACCCCGACCUCGACCCCGAACGCUGCCCCCACUGGCGCCGUGGCCGUCAGCUUUGCCGGUGCUGCUGGUAUACUGGCUCUCGCUCUUGCCCUGUAA